GGGGGCCCGCCCCCUUCGCCAUGGCGGAGCGGCCCCUUCGCGGGCAGCGGCCAUGUCAACCCUCAGCCUCAGGCCUGGGGCGAGCGGCGGCCCCGGGGCUGCCUCUUCCCGCCCCGCCCGCGCUUGCGGCUAGGAAGAGGUUCUAGACUGUUCUCCUAGCCUUGUCGUCACCUUCCGCAUUGAAAGGCCAUUGAAUGCCCUGUACUGCGAUGGCUGCGGGAGUUCUGCUGCAAAAUGAACUACCGUAUUCUUCGUUGCUAGAGAGCAGUUUGUAUCUUGCAAAUAUGAGUUCAGGUAAUAAUUUUUCUCUGAUAUGGUAUUCAGAAAAAGUGCUUCAAGAAAUUCGGGGGGUGGGGGUGUGUAAACACUCCAAAACCACAAAAAAACCCAAACACCCCCAAAACCUCAAACCAUUUUUCACAGAAAAUUAUAAACCCCAGAAAUCUUAUCCCCAAUUAUAAACAUAAAAUGUUUAUAUACAAAACCAAACUGCAUUACUUUGUCAUCACCAUGAUGUGUUAACAUGUUGAGCUUUUCUGUAACAUUCAUAUCGUCAGAUCUCUUCAUUGAAGAAACUGUAAUUUCUGUGCUCAGAAACAGCCCAGCUCUCUGAAAACACAGACACACCAAACACACCUUCAGCAAAACUCCCCUUCCUAGUAAAGUAUAUAAACUCUUACAGGAUGUAAUUCUUUCUUUCUGUUUUGGGACAAAUCCUGCUGCAUUCAGUAGGAAAAUAAUGACAUGCAGCAUUUUACAUUGCUUAUUUCUGGCUCCACUAUCAUUUGAUAUACACUGAAGAAGAGUUUCUGGGUAGAGAAACAGAAAAAGAAUUACACGUAAGAAAGCAAUAUAAUUAAUUAGAAAAGAUUCUUCAUGUUUCUUGGAUAUGGGUAGCACCUAUAAUAGCCUUUUUCAUCUCCUUUCUCUUCCACCCAACCCCCCAAAUAAAAGUGUAUUUAAAUAUUUCCUCAUCUCUAUAUCAGCUUCACUCCUGAAUUAGAAUAGUCAGUGUUAACAUUUUCCUUUUCUCACAUGACAUCACUGCUGAUGUUUCAGGCCUGGUGUCUACAGCAAACCUUACCACGUCUCCUUAAGGACUGAGGUGCAGUACUCACAGUUCAGUCACUCAAUUCCUGUUCGGUACCUAGAAGAAACAGUAGAUUUUUCCCUGAUGAAUUUUUACCAGAAGAGAGCUUUCUCUUACACAGACUCCUCUGUAAGAGGUACUGGUUUUGUAGUACAAAAAGAAACACAGAUUGAAGGUAUCUUUAGGAAAAUGCAGUUGCUUAUUGAACAAAGUUACGGUGGGUUUUCUUGAUUUCCCCAUCUUUAACCUGCAGUCACAUGCACAGACAAUGGGAUGACAAAGCUUAGCAUUGCUACAGUCUGUUCUCCACACAGUGGCAUGAAAAUGUGCUUUUGAGAGUGCUGCAAUCUUUCUGGCCAGCUCAUUCUUCUUCUUAGCACACUUGAAGCAAAGUGGGAGGCAAUCUGCCGCCUAAUAUCUACCUUCAAAAGCCUAAAGCACUCAACUGAUACAUCUCCUCCCCCCCCCAUCAUCUGCUUUAUCUCAGUCUGCAGGGCUAACAGCUUUGCUUAAUAAAACAGCUGUGCCUUGAAAAAAAAAUAAGCCUUUUGUUUUGAAUAACACAUUGUGUUUUGUUAGAAGAUAUGAAUGGUGCAGAGUGAACACUCUACAAUUCAUCGUGUACUGAACCAUUUCAGUAGGAACACACUAAUCCCAAUCAUUACAGAGCUAAUGAUGCACUUUGGAGCAACCAAGUGGAGGAGGAGAGGUGGUUGUGGAAUGUCUAACCAAAAGGUGGGGGAGUAUAAUGUGCUUACAUACAGAUUUCAAGGGAAUCUGAGCCUCCAGCUACAUUUUGAUUGUUCUUUUGAAUCCAGUACUUUGUGCCUUAGUGAGUUCUGAAUGCAUGUUAUUGACAACUAACUAAAUACCCACAUUGUUUAUGGAAAAUGUUUUGGUUUUUCCCAAUCCAUUUGCAAAAUUAUCUACUUGAAAUGCAACUAUUUUCAUCGAGCAGCGGAACAGUUUGUCCCAAAGAGGCUCCGUUCCUAUGGACCGGAGCAGCCCCAACGAUGGCUGGCAGCAGCUCCUUCGCUGUUAGUUACUAUGGAGAUAGCUCAGCCCAUGCUGACGAGCUGCUGGAGCGCACAGAAGGAUGCACAGUUCUACGCAACUUCAGCGCUGAGCAAGUUGGGUUUCCUAUCGGGGCAUCCUCAGCAGUCAGCCAGUAGCUGGGGCUGGUCAGUCAUGCAGGGCUCACCCCGGAGGCGUUCGGCAGUCAGUAUUUUUAGCAACUUUUUCCAGGGUCGGAGGCAUUCCUCCUCCGAUCCCCUGCUUCGCAUCAUCCAGAGGCGGCGGAGCUCAGCUGUAGAGGUCCUCUCAUCAUCGACUCACCGGGUUAUGGUGGCGGUGUCAUCCCUGAGUCCCGAGGAGCUGGAUGCAACUUUUCCUGAGAAAAAAAGAAGUUCGAGGCGACCGACAGCAAAAUACACUAAAGUAGGGGAGCAUCUUCGCCAUGUCAUUCCUGGCCACAUGCAGUGCUCGAUGGCAUGUGGUGGCCGUGCCUGCAAGUAUGAGAACCCAGCUCGAUGGAGCGACCAGGAGCAAGCCAUUAAAGGGCUCUACUCUUCUUGGAUUACAGAUAACAUACUGGCUAUGGCUCGACCCUCAACAGAAUUAAUUGAAAAGUACAAAAUUAUUGAACAGUUUGAAAGAUGUGGCAUAAAAACCAUAAUUAACCUUCAGCGUCCUGGGGAGCAUGCGAGCUGUGGGAAUCCACUAGAACAAGAGAGCGGCUUCACCUACCUUCCUGAAGCUUUUAUGGAGGCUGGAAUUUAUUUUUAUAAUUUUGGAUGGAAGGACUAUGGAGUGGCAUCUCUCACUACUAUACUGGAUAUGGUAAAAGUCAUGGCUUUCGCCUUGCAGGAAGGGAGGGUGGCUGUUCACUGUCACGCAGGACUUGGUCGAACAGGUGUUCUAAUAGCUUGCUACUUAGUUUUUGCAACAAGAAUGAGUGCUGAUCAAGCCAUUCUUUUUGUCAGAGCAAAAAGGCCUAAUUCUAUUCAGACAAGAGGGCAGUUAUUAUGCAUCAGAGAAUUCACUCAGUUUUUGGUUCCUCUGAGAAAUGUAUUUGCAUGCUGUGAGCCCAAGGCACACACAGUGACCCUGUCCCAGUACCUGACCCGUCAGAGGCAUCUGCUCCAUGGUUAUGAGAGUAGGCAUCUCAAACACGUGCCAAAACUUAUUCAUCUAGUUUGCAAGCUGUUGCUAGACUUGGCUGAAAACAGACAAGUGAUAGAGGCAGAACUGUUAGAUCUACCAGAUCUCUCAGCUGAAAUUGAAAAGACUGUUUCUCAGUUGGUGUCCACAGAGCUGGACAGAGAACUCACGAGGCAGGACAGUGAUACAUCCGACUCCCACACCCACUCGUCCACUUUUGAGACCCAGGAUUCUCUUUUCUCUGUGGGACAUGAAUGUGAUCCUCUUUGGAAAAGAAGGAAUGUUGAAUGCCUCCAGCCUCUUACUCAUCUGAAAAGGCGUCUAAGCUAUAGUGAGUCAGAUUUAAGGAGAACUGAGUUUCUUUUAGAGCAAGGAGAAACUGCCUGGACAGUACCUGCUCAGAUAUUACUGUGCAACAAACUUAAGCAGAACAGUAGUGAGGAAAGUUCUGCCACAGGUGACCAAAAGCCACAGUUUGAUUUACACAAAGAAGCGCUAGUGCGUAAUACAUGCAUGUUCUGGAGUCAAGGUAAAUUUAAUCUGGAUGGACGAAAAGAUGGAUCCUCACUUCAUCACAGAAGGAACUCUAUCAAGGAAGUGCAACGCAGCAGAACCUUCUCUUCAGGACUAGCAUCUAUCCACAGCACCAGGGAACCUGGAACACCAAGGCAUAAUUUUACCAAUGAGACUGGUCACAGAAAAGACCGCAAGACUAAUAUGUAUGGCAGAAGAGUCUAUGUCUCCGAGGACUCGGAUUCUUCUUCUUCUUCUUCUAAAGUGAACUUUUCCAUUGGAUGUGAAAGCCAAGGGAGCAGAGAUGUGUCAGAGGCAAUUCCACAUAUUGUUCUACAAUCAGAAUUAAGUCUGGAAGCCCGAAGAGUUUUGGCAGCAAAAGCACUUGCAGAUAUAAAUGAAUUUCUGGGAGAGGAUGAAGUGAAGCAGAAGGUAGAAAUGUGGCAGAAAGAACUGAAUGCUCGAGAUGGAGCUUGGGAUAAAAUCUGUACCGAGAGAGAUCCUUUUAUCCUCUGUAACUUGAUGUGGUCCUGGAUAGAGCAGCUGAAAGAACCUAUUCUAUCCAAAGAUGAUGUUGACAUGCUGGCACAAAAAUGCACAGAGUCACAGGAUGCACUUUACUUACUGAGAAAGGAACAGUGUCAGACUAUCCUUUGUAUUUUACACUGUGUGGUGAACUUGCAAAUGCUACCAGCUGAUGUGGAGGAGGCCUUACUUGCUCGUGCUAUUAAAGCUUUCACUAAGACAAGCUUCGAUUCUGAAAAUGGACCAUAUGUUUAUAAUACCUUGAGAAAAGUAUUUCAACAAACACUAGAAGAAAAAAGAAAAAAGCUUAAGGAAGGAACAGAUAAUCCCUCUUGAUUUCUGCACAGCUAUGCCGAAGAAUUAGAAGGGCCUAUGUUUUCCAGCUACUGUAUUUUGAGCUAUUUGGCAUGAUUUACCUAACUUUAGGUAAUAGCAGUUAUUAACAAAGCAUUUUAUUUUUAUAGAGGGCAUUCUAGUGACAGUUGUUCUAUUUACACAGUUCUAAAGAAGAGCUCGUGUGUACUCCAGCAUUUGGUUUCAGGUCCUGUGCUUUUAUAUUGUGAACUGUUCUCUUGUUUUCAAAUGUAUUUAUUGAUUUAGAAACCUCUGUCAUUGGCAAGCAACAUGACUUUCAAGUUCCACGACUGCCAUAAGUUCAGUGCCAUGGUACACAAAGGUUUAAUGGAUGGAAUAAAUGUUUAUGAAUUAUGGAUGUUUACAUUAAUUUUACUUUGCAGAAAAUAAAAAUUGAACUUA